CGGAACAAAUUUUGAGUGUUUAAUUCUUGUCAGUUAGUUGCAUUUAAUUGUUUUACAAAAUGAACGCAGGAUUUAACUGGAUGCCAUGGUCCGCUCACCAGGGAAUCCCACCAGCCGGUGUGUACGCGGGCAAUGACCAGGACGGUUCACCUAUCUACGUCGGACGGUCCUUUCACGAAGGGGAUCAACUUCCGGCGAAAGUGCUCCCUAGCAAACAGGCAGCUUACGUUUCGCACAACGGAGUAGAGAUCUUCAAGUCACACUUUGAGGUGCUUAGUGGACAGGGAUUUACUUGGGUGCAUAGCAGCAAUGGUCAUGUACCGGCUGGUGCCGUGUUGGCCGGUAACACUGCCUCCGGUGAGCCUCUCUACAUUGGGCGUACGCAUCACGAAGGAAGUCUGACACCGGGAAAGAUCCAUCGUAGCCAUGGCUGUUUGUAUAUUCCGUUUGGAGGAGCGGAACAAAGCUUCCUGAACUAUGAAGUUCUUGUUGGGCAGCAGAGAUCAACCUGGUCACACUGCGCUGCAGGAGCACCGGUGCCACCGGGAGCCAUCCUAGCUGGACACGAUGUUGACACUGCUCUGAUGUACGUUGGGCGUGCCUUUCACGAGGGAGAACAAAUACCCGCCAAGGUGAUCCCCAGCAAGCAAAUUGCCUAUAUUUGCCACAAUGGUCAGGAAAUUCCUAAACACACCUUCGAAGUGCUGUGCAACGGUAAUGUCACUUGGGUUCCGUCCGGUUUUGGAAGUGUUCCUCCGAAUGCCGUUUUCGGUGGACGCACUUCGACGGGUGAAACGCUCUACAUUGGCCGUGCACAUUACAUGGGUAGUUUGACUCCGGGCAAGGUUCAUCCAAGCCACCAGACGCUCUACAUUCCAUUCGGGGGCAGUGAGGUAGCAGUUAAGAACUACGAAGUAUUGAUUGAAAAUUGAAUGUAUUAUUUUUGACAAAUGUUCAUAGAAAACCACACGUCUGUACAGUACACAGUUACACGAAUAAAUGCUUUAGUUUAAAAAUCACAA